AUGGACCAGGAGGCACCCUGCACUGCAGACUGGGGCACCCUUCCAGCCCAUCUCCUGGACCAGGUCAAACAAGUGCUCGACCGGUCAACGCCCAACCCCUGGCCGAUCAACAAACAUGCCCGACUGGUCAACAUGCACUGGUGCCAGUGGGCCAACUUGGCCACCACCAGCCUGGAGCCCGGGGGGGGUUCCCUGGAUGCUAAAACUGCCACCGCCAUUUUCCGGAAGUUUCCACGGGUCACUGCACUACGGCUACGCCCAGGCCCCAGGGGCCAGGGGCCUGGAGAUGGGUCCCUGCCAGCCUUGCAGGGGGUGUCCAGCAUGUUGCGAUCUCUGGAUGCCACUAACUUCUCCCAAAUGGGGGAUGCGGGCUUGGAAUGUCUGGGGCGGCUAACGUCGCUCACGGAGCUCAGUGUGCGGCUGUGCAAGCGGCGGGUCUCGGCGACGGGCCUCAAGGAACUUGGGAUGCUCACCAACCUGGCCAGCUUGGCGUUGCGGGACUGCUUCGGGCUGAGCGAUGAGGGGGUGGGGGCCCUCACACACCUGAGCAGCCUCACGCGGCUGAGCAUGUCUGCAUGCGAGAAGAUCAGUGAUGUGGGGUUGGCUAGGAUCGGGGCACUGACGUCUUUGCGGCAGGUGCAGAUCAGCGGGGCCCUGGGCCCAAGCGGGCAGGGCCUUGAGGCCUGGCGGGGGUUGGGGGCGCUCACCAAGCUGGAGUUCCGGUCGCUCGUGAGCUUGGGCGCCGUGGGUUUGGGCUGCAUCGGGGGGUUUAGGGGCUUGCAUUGCCUGACGCUGUCGGCGUGCCGCAGUGUGCCCGAUGAGGCACUGUGCGCCCUGGGCGGCCUUGCCAACCUCACUUAUCUGGAUCUGUCCUGCUGCUCGGGGGUCACCAACCUUGGUCUUGAGCCCUUGGCCAGGUUGACCUCCUUGCGCACAUUGAAGCUUCUGGGGUGUAGUCAGAUCACCGACGCGGGCUUAAGGGACCUUGGCCGGCUGACCAACGUCACAGAACUCGACCUCACUCUCUGCAAGAACAUCACGAAUGUGGGUUUGUGGUACUUGGGCAACUUGACCAAGCUCGCUAGGUUGGAUCUGUGCUGGUGCGGGUACAUCUCAGACCCUGGCCUCACGUGCCUGGUUAAGCUGGCAAGACUGCAGAGCCUGGAUCUGUCCUGGGCGCCAAGCCUUGGGGCCCAGGACCUGCAGGCAAGGGUUGGGGCGUCCGGAGAGGUGACCAUUGUGAAGAGAGUGGCGGCCUGA